UCAUUGCCCUACAUCUGCGGUCUCCUUUGCUCGUUGUAGAUGAUGCUUUGGCGAACUCUGUGAUAGCACAGAUUUUCUUAUUUUUAAAUCUACAGUUGACAGCAAGUAAUUCUCCUACAAAAUGUCUGACGGUGGAGGAGCCGACGACAGCGGUGGCACUAUGGAGGUGUCCGCUGCUGUGCAAACGGUUGCUGAUACAUCGGUUCUGCAAAAGCAUAUUCGUAAACUUGUGCCUUUGCUCCUGGAAGAUGGCGGCGAGGUGCCGGCCUCCCUGGAAACCGCCCUAGAGGAGAAAAGCUCAGUUGAGCAGAUGAAGAAAUUUUUGUCAGAUCCUCAGAUUCACACCAUCUUAGUUGAACGGAGCUCUCUGAAAGAGGAUGUUGGGGAUGAGGGAGAGGAGGAAAAGGAGUGCAUCUCCUACACUGUUAACAUUGAUAUACACUAUGGGAUCAAAUCCAACAGCUUGGCGUUAAUUAAGAGGACUGGGGUCAUUGAUGCCGACAAGCCCAUUUCAACGCAGGUCCGAGUUCUAACCCUCAGUGAAGACUCUCCUUAUGAGACAUUGCAUUCCAUCAUCAGCAAUGCUGUGGCUCCCUUCUUUAAAUCAUACAUCAGGGAAUCUGGUAAAGCUGACAGGGAUGGAGACAAGAUGGCUCCUUCUGUGGAGAAAAAGAUUGCAGAACUUGAGAUGGGACUGUUACAUCUGCAGCAGAACAUAGAGAUUCCAGAGAUCAGUCUUCUCAUUCAUCCCAUCAUCACCAACAUUGCCAAGCAGUGCUAUGAACGGGGAGAGAAGCCCAAGGUUACUGACUUUGGUGACAAAGUAGAGGACCCAACGUUCCUUAACCAACUACAGUCGGGGGUAAAUCGUUGGAUCAGGGAAAUCCAGAAGGUGACAAAACUAGACAGAGACCCUGCGUCUGGCACAGCUCUGCAGGAAAUCAGUUUCUGGCUUAACCUUGAGCGUGCCCUCAAUCGCAUUCAGGAAAAAAGGGAGAGUCCUGAGGUUCUGCUCACCUUGGACAUUCUUAAACACGGCAAAAGAUUUCAUGCCACUGUCAGUUUUGACACAGAUACUGGUCUGAAACAGGCUGUGGAGACAGUAAACGACUACAAUCCUCUGAUGAAGGACUUUCCACUCAACGAUCUCUUAUCAGCCACUGAGCUGGAUAAAAUUCGUCAGGCCUUAGUGGCCAUCUUUACACACCUCCGCAAGAUCAGAAACACCAAGUAUCCUAUUCAGCGUGCCCUGCGAUUGGUUGAAGCAAUUUCCCGUGACCUCAGUUCACAACUCCUCAAAGUGCUGGGCACCCGCAAGCUGAUGCAUGUUGCCUAUGAAGAAUUUGAGAAGGUGAUGGUGGCUUGUUUUGAGGUGUUCCAGACAUGGGAGGAUGAGUAUGAAAAACUGCAGGUGCUCUUGAGGGAUAUUGUGAAGAGGAAGAGGGAGGAAAAUCUCAAGAUGGUCUGGCGUCUCAGUCCAGCCCAUCGAAAGCUACAGGCCCGUUUGGAUCAUAUGAGGCGCUUCAGGAGGCAGCAUGAGCAACUGAGAGCCGUCAUUGUCCGUGUGCUAAGACCACAGGUGUCUGCUGUGCCCCAGCAUGGCCAAGGUGAAGCAGUAGAACCCCCUGACAUUAAAGUGGCUGAAGUCCUCUUUGAUGCUGCAGAUGCUAAUGCCAUUGAGGAGGUUAACCUGGCCUAUGAGAAUGUGAAGGAGGUAGAUGGCUUGGACGUGUCAAAGGAGGGAAUGGAGGCGUGGGAAGCCGCUAUGAAGCGGUAUGAUGAGCGCAUUGACCGCGUUGAGACCCGGAUCACAGCCCGCCUGCGUGACCAACUUGGCACUGCGAAGAAUGCCAAUGAGAUGUUCCGUAUCUUCUCACGAUUCAACGCUCUCUUUGUACGUCCACAUAUCCGUGGAGCCAUCCGCGAAUACCAAACCCAACUUAUCCAGCGUGUGAAGGACGACAUUGAGUCCUUGCAUGACAAGUUCAAAGUGCAGUACCCUCAGAGUCAGUCUUGUAAGAUGAGUCACGUGCGCGACCUGCCCCCUGUCUCUGGCUCCAUAAUCUGGGCUAAGCAGAUUGACCGACAGCUGACUGCCUACAUGAAGCGUGUGGAGGAUGUUCUUGGGAAAGGUUGGGAGAAUCACGUAGAGGGCCUUAAGCUGAAGCAAGAUGGAGACAGCUUCCGUGCCAAACUCAACACCCAGGAGAUCUUUGAUGACUGGGCACGCAAAGUGCAGCAGCGCAACCUUGGGGUGUCUGGCCGUAUCUUCACCAUUGAAAGCAGUCGUGCCCGUGGGCGUACGGGGACCAUGCUAAAACUUAAAGUGAACUUUUUACCAGAGAUAAUCACCCUGUCCAAGGAAGUUCGUAACUUAAAAUGGCUUAGCUUCCGUGUACCCUUGGCCAUCGUAAACAAAGCACACCAGGCCAACCAACUCUACCCCUUCGCUAUCUCACUCAUUGAGAGUGUGCGCACCUAUGAACGCACUUGUGAAAAGGUAGAAGAGAGAAUUUCAAUUGCACCUUUAGUGGCUGGUUUGAAGAAAGAAGUUCAGGCUCUGAUCACAGAAGGCAUUGCUCUAGUCUGGGAGUCAUACAAACUAGACCCCUAUGUACAGCGCCUGGCUGAAACUGUCUUUAACUUCCAAGAAAAGGUGGAUGACCUUCUGCUGAUUGAAGAGAAAAUAGACUUGGAGGUCCGUUCUCUUGAGACUUGUAUGUAUGAACAUAAGAUCUUCUCAGAAAUCCUCAACCGUGUCCAGAAGGCUGUAGAUGACCUGAAUCUGCACUCCUAUUCAAAUCUGCCCAUCUGGGUAAACAAACUGGACAUUGAGAUCGAACGCAUUCUUGGAGUUCGCCUGCAAGCUGGCCUCAGGGCUUGGACACAAGUUCUUAGAGGUCAGAUGGAUGACAAGGCUGAUGUGGACAUGGACACUGAAGCACCACAAGUUAGCCACAAGCCAGGAGGAGAACCAAAAAUCAAGAAUGUGGUUCAUGAGUUGAGGAUUACAAACCAAGUCAUCUACUUGAAUCCACCCAUUGAAGACUGCCGCUACAAGCUCUACCAGGAAAUGUUUGCCUGGAAAAUGGUCAUUCUCUCUCUACCAAGGAUACAGAGUCAAAGAUACCAGGUUGGUGUACAUUAUGAGCUGUCUGAGGAGGAGAAGUUCUAUAGGAAUGCUCUAACAAGAAUGCCGGAUGGCCCAGCAGCUCUGGAAGAGGCCUACAAUGCAGUCAAAGAAAAUGUCUCUGAGGUUGAGAAGUAUGUCAAGGUUUGGCUGCAGUACCAAUGUUUGUGGGACAUGCAGCCAGAGAACAUCUAUAAUCGUCUGGGUGAAGACCUCAAUAAGUGGCAGGCUCUGUUGGUGCAGAUCCGGAAGGCUAGAGGAACUUUUGACAAUGCUGAAACCAGGAAGGAGUUUGGUCCAGUGAUUAUAGAUUAUGGCAAGGUCCAGUCAAAGGUAAACCUGAAAUAUGAUUCCUGGCAUAAGGAAGUGCUUAGCAAGUUUGGACAGAUGUUGGGUAACAACAUGCAGGACUUCCACUCCCAAAUCUCCAAGUCCCGCCAAGAACUGGAACAACAUUCAGUGGACACAGCCAGCACCUCUGAUGCUGUGACAUUCAUAACUUAUGUACAGGCCCUCAAACGUAAGAUCAAACAGUUUGAAAAGCAAGUUGAUCUCUUUCGCAAUGGUCAGCGUCUUCUGGAGAAACAACGCUUCCAGUUCCCUCCUUCUUGGCUAUACAUCGAUAACAUAGAAGGAGAAUGGGGUGCCUUCAGUGACAUCAUGAAACGCAAGGACACUGCCAUACAGCAGCAAGUAGCCAACUUGCAGAUGAAAAUUGUCCAAGAAGACCGUGCUGUAGAAAAUCGCACCUCAGAUCUGCUCACAGAUUGGGAAAAGACCAAACCAGUGGCUGGAAACCUUCGCCCAGAAGAAGCCCUCCAAUCCCUCACCAUAUACGAAGGAAAGUUUGGGCGGCUGAAGGAUGACCGAGAGAAAUGUGCCAAGGCCAAGGAAGCUCUGGAGCUUACUGACACUGGCCUUCUGAGUGGUAGUGAGGAGAGAGUGCAGGUUGCACUAGAGGAACUGCAGGAUCUAAAGGGGGUUUGGUCUGAGCUCUCCAAGGUUUGGGAACAGAUUGACCAGAUGAAGGAACAGCCUUGGGUGUCAGUGCAGCCGCGUAAGUUGCGGCAAAGCUUAGAUGCCCUCCUAAACCAGCUAAAGAACUUCCCUGCACGUUUACGACAGUAUGCCUCCUAUGAAUAUGUACAGAGACUGCUCAAAGGUUAUAUGAAGGUGAACAUGUUGGUGAUUGAGCUGAAGUCUGAAGCUUUGAAGGACCGCCACUGGAAGCAGCUGAUGAAGCGCCUGCAUGUGAACUGGGUGCUGUCAGAACUGACUCUUGGACAGAUUUGGGACGUGGACCUGCAGAAGAACGAAAUGGUGGUGAAGGAUGUCCUCCUGGUGGCUCAGGGGGAGAUGGCCCUUGAAGAGUUCCUCAAACAGAUUCGAGAAGUGUGGAACUCGUAUGAGCUUGACCUGGUCAACUAUCAGAACAAGUGCCGUCUGAUCCGUGGAUGGGACGACCUGUUUAACAAAGUCAAGGAGCACAUCAACAGUGUCUCUGCCAUGAAGCUGUCUCCAUACUACAAGGUGUUUGAAGAGGAUGCCCUGAGCUGGGAGGACAAACUCAACCGCAUCAUGGCUUUGUUUGAUGUCUGGAUAGACGUGCAAAGGCGUUGGGUCUAUCUGGAGGGCAUUUUCACAGGGAGUGCAGACAUCAAACAUCUCCUUCCUGUGGAGACGCAACGUUUCCAGAGUAUUAGCACAGAGUUCCUGGCACUGAUGAAGAAGGUGACCAAGUCACCUCUAGUCAUGGAUGUCUUGAACAUCCAGGGAGUUCAGAGGUCACUGGAGAGGCUGGCAGACCUCCUUGGAAAGAUCCAGAAGGCUUUGGGAGAAUAUCUAGAGAGAGAGCGCUCCUCCUUCCCCAGGUUUUACUUUGUUGGUGAUGAGGACCUGCUGGAGAUCAUUGGCAACAGCAAGAAUGUGGCCAAACUGCAAAAGCACUUCAAGAAGAUGUUUGCUGGAGUGUCCAGCAUUCUCUUGAAUGAAGACAACACCGAGGUCUUGGGCAUAUCCUCUCGUGAGGGAGAGGAGGUCCUGUUCAAGACGCCCGUGUCCAUCACAGAACACCCGAAGAUUAAUGAGUGGUUGACCCUGGUGGAGAAGGAGAUGCGGGUCACCCUGGCCAAAUUGCUGGCUGAGGCUGUCACUGAGGUGGGAGCCUUCAACAAAGGCACUGGCAUUGACCUUGGCACGUACAUCAACUGGAUUGAUAGAUACCAGGCCCAGCUGGUGGUUCUGUCCGCUCAGAUCGACUGGUCUGAGAAUGUGGAGACUGCUCUGACCACAAUCUCAGGUGGGGAUAACAUGGCUCCUCUGCAGAGUGUACUGACGAAUGUAGAGGCCACACUGAACUUGCUUGCUGACACGGUGCUGAUGGAGCAGCCACCUAUCCGUAGGAAGAAGCUGGAGCAUCUGAUCACUGAGCUUGUCCACCAGAGGGACGUGACCAGGACCCUCAUCAAGAACAAGAUAGACAACCCCAAGUCCUUUGAGUGGCUGAGUCAGAUGCGCUUCUACUUUGACCCCAAGCAGACGGAUGUACUGCAGCAACUCUCAAUCCAGAUGGCCAACGCCAAGUUCAACUAUGGCUUUGAGUACCUGGGUGUGCAGGAGAAGCUGGUGCAGACCCCCCUCACAGACCGCUGCUACCUCACCAUGACCCAGGCUUUAGAGGCCCGACUGGGAGGCUCUCCCUUCGGUCCGGCAGGGACAGGAAAGACGGAGUCUGUCAAAGCUCUAGGCCACCAGCUCGGACGUUUUGUUCUGGUCUUCAAUUGUGAUGAAACCUUUGACUUCCAGGCAAUGGGCCGCAUCUUUGUCGGUCUGUGCCAAGUGGGUGCCUGGGGCUGCUUUGAUGAGUUCAACCGACUGGAGGAGAGGAUGCUGUCAGCUGUAUCUCAACAGGUUCAGUACAUCCAGGUGGCCCUGAGGGAGCACAGCAACCCCAACCGAGAUCGCAGUACCCCAGUCACCACUGAGUUGCUGAACAAACAGGUGAAGGUGAGCCCUGAGAUGGCCAUCUUCAUCACCAUGAACCCUGGCUACGCUGGCCGCUCCAACCUGCCUGAUAACCUGAAGAAGCUGUUCCGCAGCUUGGCCAUGACCAAACCAGACCGCCAGCUCAUCGCCCAGGUCAUGCUCUACUCACAGGGCUUUCGCACUGCUGAGACCCUCGCCAAAAAGAUCGUCCCCUUUUUCAAGUUGUGCGAUGAGCAGCUCUCAUCCCAGUCUCACUAUGACUUUGGCCUUCGAGCUCUCAAGAGUGUCCUGAUCAGUGCCGGAAAUGUGAAGAGAGAGCGCAUCCAAAAGAUUAAACGUGAGAAAGGCGAGCGUGGAGAGGACGUGGACGAGAAUGAGAUUGCUGAGAACCUUCCUGAGCAGGAGAUUCUGAUCCAGAGUGUGUGUGAGACCAUGGUGCCCAAGCUGGUUGCAGAAGACAUCCCACUGCUCUUCAGCCUGCUCUCAGAUGUCUUCCCUGGUGUGCAGUACUUGCGUGGGGAGAUGACUGCUCUAAGAGAGGAACUCAAGAAAGUCUGCGCUGAGAUGUAUCUUGUCUACGGAGAUGGCGACGAUGUUGGUAGCAUGUGGGUGGAGAAGGUCCUUCAGCUUUACCAGAUCACUCAGAUCAACCAUGGUCUGAUGAUGGUGGGCCCGUCGGGCAGUGGGAAGACGCUGGCCUGGCGUGUGUUGCUCAAAGCUCUGGAAAGGUUGGAGGGAGUAGAGGGAGUAGCACACAUCAUCGACCCCAAGGCUAUCAGCAAGGACCACCUGUAUGGAACACUGGACCCCAACACCCGCGAGUGGACUGAUGGCCUGUUCACUCAUGUGCUAAGAAAAAUCAUUGAUAAUGUCCGUGGAGAACUGCAGAAGAGGCAGUGGAUCAUCUUUGAUGGCGAUGUGGAUCCUGAGUGGGUAGAGAACCUGAACUCUGUGCUGGAUGACAACAAACUGCUGACCCUGCCCAAUGGAGAACGUCUCAGCCUGCCACCCAAUGUACGCGUUAUGUUUGAGGUCCAGGACCUGAAAUAUGCCACCCUGGCCACCGUGUCCCGCUGUGGCAUGGUUUGGUUUAGUGAGGAUGUCCUCAGCACCGACAUGAUCUUCAAUAACUUCCUUCAGCGCCUUCGCAGCAUACCGUUGGAUGAGGGCGAGGAUGAAGCUUUGCGCAUGCGCAAGGGCACAGAGGACGAGGGAGAGGAGGCUGCCUCCCCUAUGCUACAGAUCCAGAGGGAUGCGGCAGCCAUCCUGCAGCCCUACUUCACCUCCACUGGCCUGGUUAUCAAGGCCCUGGAACAUGCGUCCAAGAUGGAGCACAUCAUGGACUUCACACGUCUGCGAUGCCUGGGCUCCCUCUGCUCCAUGCUACACCAGGCCUGUCGCAACAUAGCCCUCUACAACAACAACCACCCAGACUUCCCCAUGCCCAUCGACCAGUUGGAGAAGUACAUACAGAAAUACCUGAUCUACGCUGUGCUGUGGUCCUUCUCUGGCGAUGGCAAGCUGAAAAUGAGGGCAGAGCUUGGUGAAUACAUCCGCCGUAUCACCACAGUGGCCCUCCCGUCUGCACCUAAUGUGCCAAUCAUUGAUUAUGAGGUUUCCAUCACAGGCGAGUGGCAGUCCUGGCAGGGCAAGGUGCCCCAGAUUGAGGUGGAGACCCACAAGGUGGCUGCCCCUGAUGUGGUGGUGCCCACUCUGGACACCGUGCGACACGAAGCUCUGCUCUACACUUGGUUGGCUGAGCACAAGCCUCUGGUGCUGUGUGGGCCCCCAGGCUCUGGGAAAACCAUGACCCUCUUCAGUGCCCUCCGUGCCCUGCCUGACAUGGAGGUUGUGGGUCUGAACUUCUCCAGUGCCACCACACCGGAGCUGCUGCUGAAGACUUUUGAUCACUACUGUGAGUACCGGCGCACGCCAAAUGGUGUGGUGCUGGCCCCUGUGCAGUUGGGCAAGUGGCUGGUGCUCUUCUGUGAUGAGAUCAACUUGCCUGAUAUGGACAAAUAUGGCACACAGAGAGUCAUCUCCUUUAUUCGACAGAUGGUGGAACAUGGAGGAUUCUAUAGAACCACUGAUCAAACUUGGGUGAAACUAGAGAGGAUUCAGUUUGUGGGUGCCUGUAACCCACCUACAGAUCCUGGCAGAAAGCCCUUGUCUCACAGAUUCCUGCGUCAUGUCCCUGUGGUGUAUGUGGACUACCCAGGCCCCGCGUCCCUCACUCAGAUCUACGGCACCUUCAACAGGGCCAUGCUCAGGCUCAUCCCCUCACUGCGCACAUAUGCCGAGCCUCUCACCGCAGCCAUGGUGGAGUUCUACACCAUGUCUCAGGAACGUUUCACACAGGACACCCAGCCUCACUAUAUCUACUCUCCCAGAGAGAUGACUCGUUGGGUAAGGGGUAUCUUUGAGGCACUGCGGCCCCUUGAGACUCUGCCUGUGGAGGGACUGAUUCGCAUCUGGGCCCAUGAAGCUUUGCGCCUCUUCCAGGACAGGCUGGUGGAGGAUGAAGAGAGACGCUGGACUGAUGAGAACAUUGAUAAUGUGGCCCUGAAGCACUUCCCCAACAUUGAUAGAGAGAAGGCCCUUAACCGCCCCAUCCUCUACAGCAACUGGCUCUCCAAGGACUACAUCCCAGUGGAACAGGAGGAGCUUCGAGACUAUGUUAAGGCCCGACUGAAGGUCUUCUAUGAGGAGGAGCUGGAUGUUCCUCUCGUGCUCUUCAAUGAGGUUUUGGAUCAUGUCCUGAGAAUUGACAGAAUCUUCCGUCAGCCACAGGGUCAUCUUCUCCUGAUUGGUGUUAGCGGUGCAGGAAAGACCACUCUAUCACGCUUUGUGGCCUGGAUGAAUGGCCUGAGUGUCUAUCAGAUCAAGGUGCACAGGAAGUACACGGGUGAAGACUUUGACGAGGAUCUGAGAACUGUUCUUCGUCGAUCUGGAUGCAAAAAUGAGAAGAUUGCGUUCAUCAUGGAUGAGUCAAAUGUGCUGGAUUCUGGAUUCCUGGAGCGCAUGAACACACUGCUAGCAAACGGAGAGGUUCCUGGACUGUUUGAGGGUGAUGAAUAUGCAACAUUGAUGACCCAGUGUAAGGAGGGGGCUCAGAAAGAGGGCCUGAUGCUUGACACUCACGAGGAGCUGUACAAGUGGUUCACCAGUCAGGUGAUCAGGAACCUUCAUGUGGUCUUCACCAUGAAUCCCUCAUCAGAGGGCCUGAAGGACCGUGCUGCUACUUCCCCUGCUCUGUUUAACAGAUGUGUGCUGAACUGGUUUGGAGACUGGUCUACUGAAGCCCUCUAUCAAGUGGGCAAAGAGUUCACCAGCAAAAUGGACCUGGAGAAGCCCAAUUACAAAGUGCCUGACUACAUGCCUAUCGUGUAUGACAAGCUGCCCCAACCCCCAACCCAUCGUGAGGCUAUUGUUAAUGGCUGUGUGUUUGUUCACCAAACCCUGCAUCAGGCAAACAACCGUCUGGCAAAGCGUGGGGGCCGCACCAUGGCCAUCACCCCACGUCACUACCUGGAUUUCAUCAACCACUAUGCCAACCUGUUCAACGAGAAACGCAGUGAACUUGAGGAGCAGCAGAUGCACCUCAAUGUGGGCCUGCGCAAGAUCAAAGAGACUGUGGACCAGGUUGAGGAACUGCGCAGGGAUCUAAGGAUUAAGAGUCAAGAACUGGAGGUGAAGAAUGCAGCAGCUAAUGAUAAGCUGAAGAAGAUGGUCAAAGACCAGCAGGAGGCUGAAAAGAAGAAGGUUAUGAGUCAGGAGAUCCAAGAAGCGGUCUACAAGCAACAGGAAGUCAUCAAAGACAAGCAACUGAGAGUGAAGCAAGAUUUGGACCAAGUGGAGCCCGCUGUCAUUGAGGCUCAGAAUGCCGUUAAGUCCAUUAAGAAGCAGCACUUGGUGGAGGUGCGGUCCAUGGCCAACCCGCCGGCGGCGGUGAAGCUGGCUCUGGAGUCCAUCUGCCUGCUUCUGGGCGAGAGCACUACAGACUGGAAGCAGAUCCGUUCCAUCAUAAUGCGCGAGAACUUCAUCCCCACUAUCGUUAACUUUUCUGCUGAAGAGAUCAGUGAUGCCAUCCGUGAGAAAAUGAGGAAGAACUACAUGUCCAACCCCAGUUAUAACUACGAGCAGGUGAACAGGGCCUCGCUGGCCUGUGGGCCAAUGGUCAAGUGGGCCAUUGCACAGCUGAACUAUGCGGACAUGCUAAAGCGAGUGGAGCCUCUGAGAAAUGAGCUGCAGAAGCUGGAAGAUGAUGCCAAGGACAACAAGACCAAGGCUGAGGAGGUGGAGCAGAUGAUCCGCGACCUGGAGGCCAGCAUUGCCCGCUACAAGGAGGAGUACGCUGUGCUCAUCUCCGAGGCUCAAGCAAUCAAGGCCGACCUGGCUGCUGUCGAGGCAAAGGUGAACCGCAGCACAGCCCUGCUGAAGAGCUUGUCUGCUGAGCGAGAGCGCUGGGAAAAGACCAGUGAGACCUUCAAGAACCAGAUGUCUACUAUUGCCGGUGACUGCCUCCUCUCGGCUGCCUUUAUCGCCUAUGCUGGCUACUUUGACCAGCAGAUGAGACAGAACCUUUUCACCACCUGGUCCCACCACCUCCAACAGGCCAACAUUCAGUUCCGUACAGACAUAGCAAGAACGGAGUACUUGUCCAAUGCUGAUGAGAGACUACGCUGGCAGGCCAACUCUCUGCCUGCUGAUGACCUCUGCACCGAGAACGCCAUCAUGCUAAAGAGGUUUAACAGGUAUCCAUUGAUCAUUGAUCCCUCUGGCCAGGCCACAGAAUUCAUAAUGAAUGAGUAUAAAGAUCGCAAGAUCACCCGCACUAGCUUCCUGGAUGAUGCAUUCAGGAAGAACUUGGAAAGUGCGCUGAGAUUUGGUAAUCCGUUACUGGUGCAGGAUGUGGAGAGCUACGACCCAAUCCUGAACCCUGUGCUCAACAGAGAAGUGCGGCGAACCGGUGGACGUGUCCUUAUUACCCUCGGAGACCAGGACAUUGACUUGUCACCUUCAUUUGUCAUCUUCCUGUCCACACGAGACCCAACGGUGGAGUUUCCGCCAGACCUGUGCUCACGUGUGACUUUCGUGAACUUUACUGUUACCCGAAGCAGCCUACAGAGUCAGUGCCUCAAUGAGGUGCUGAAGGCUGAGCGGCCAGAUGUGGAUGAGAAGCGCUCGGACCUUCUGAAACUACAGGGUGAGUUCCAGCUACGUUUGCGUCAGUUGGAGAAGUCCCUCCUGCAGGCCCUAAAUGAGGUUAAAGGUCGCAUCCUGGAUGAUGAUACCAUCAUCACCACGCUGGAGAACCUGAAGAAGGAGGCAGCAGAGGUGACGAGGAAAGUGGAGGAGACGGACAUCGUCAUGCAGGAAGUGGAAACUGUGUCACAGCAAUAUCUGUCACUAUCCACUGCCUGCAGCAGCAUCUACUUCACCAUGGAGGCCCUCAACCAGAUGCACUUCUUGUACCAGUACUCUCUGCACUUCUUCCUGGACAUCUAUCACACAGUGCUGUACGAGAACGCCGGCCUGAAGAGCGUGAGUGACCACACACAGCGUCUGUCCCUUAUCACCAAAGAUUUGUUCCAGGUUGCCUUUAACAGAGUUGCUCAAGGUAUGCUCCACCAGGAUCACAUCACCUUUGCCAUGCUAUUAGCCAGGAUCAACCUGAAAGGCAUGACCAGUGAACCAUCCUAUGACUCUGAGUUCCAGCACUUCCUGCGUGGUAAGGAGAUCGUUCUGACGGGCAUGGCUGUACCCAAAGUGAAGGGCCUUAGCACAGAGCAGAGCGAGGCCAUGGUGCGCCUCAGUCGCCUGCCUGCCUUCAAAGACCUGGUAGCCAAAGUGCAGGCAGACGAGGAGUUCUUCAUGUGGCUUGAGAGCAGUUCUCCUGAGCUUUCCGUGCCUUACCUGUGGACGGAAGAAAAGACAAGCACUUCCAUCGGCCAGGCUGUGCACCAACUGCUGAUCAUCCAGGCAUUCCGACCGGAUCGCCUGUUGGCCAUGUCAUCCAUCUUUGUGUCCAAGGUCUUGGGAGAAAACUUCAUGUCUAUUAUUGAACAGCCACUGGAUCUUGCCAACAUUGUAGACAAUGAGGUGAAGCCAGGAACACCAGUGCUGAUGUGCUCUGUGCCUGGCUAUGAUGCCAGUGGACUGGUGCGAGACCUCGCUGCUGAACAGAACAAACAUAUCACCUCCAUCUCUAUUGGUUCCGCUGAGGGCUUCAACAAGGCAGACCGAGACAUUAACACAGCAGUGAAGUCUGGCAGGUGGGUGAUGUUGGAGAAUGUGCACCUGGCUCCUGGUUGGCUAAUGCAGCUGGAGAAGAAGCUUCAUUCCAUGCAGCCUCAUGCCAGCUUCCGACUUUUCCUCACCAUGGAGAUAAACCCCAAGGUCCCUGUGAACCUGUUACGUGCUGGUCGUAUCUUUGUCUUUGAGCCACCCCCUGGUGUGAAGGCCAACAUGCUAAGGACUUUUAGCAGCAUACCAGUGGCUCGCAUGUGCAAGGCUCCAAACGAGCGUGCCCGCCUAUACUUCCUCCUGGCCUGGUUCCACGCUGUCAUCCAGGAGCGUCUACGCUAUGCACCGCUUGGCUGGUCCAAGAAAUAUGAGUUUGGGGAGUCUGACCUGCGUUCGGCCUGUGACACUGUGGACACCUGGCUAGAUGACACUGCUAAGGGUCGGCAGAACAUUUCUCCUGACAAGAUUCCAUGGGCAGCACUGAAAACCCUCAUGGCUCAGUCCAUUUACGGUGGCCGCAUCGACAAUGAGUUUGACCAGCGGCUCCUUAACACCUUCCUGGAGCGCAUCUUCACUACAGGCAGCUUUGACAGCGAGUUCAAGCUGGCGCUCAAAGUGGAUGGACACAAGGACAUAAAAAUGCCAGAUGGCAUUCGACGUGAGGAGUUUAUUCACUGGGUGGAGAUGCUCCCUGACACUCAGACUCCAUCUUGGCUGGGGUUACCUAGCAAUGCUGAAAGGGUUCUCCUCACCACUCAGGGCACUGACAUGAUGGGUAAGCUGUUGAAAAUGCAGAUGCUGGAGGAUGAGGACGACCUGGCCUAUGAGACAGAGAAGAAGCAGCGAACACCGUCCUCCUCGGACGCCCAGCCAGCAUGGAUGAGGACCCUGCACACGACAGCCUGCAACUGGCUUCAGCUUAUUCCACUCUCUGUCAGCCUCCUGAAACGCACUGUGGAAAACAUCAAGGAUCCUCUGUUCCGUUUCUUCGAGCGAGAGGUAAAGAUGGGUGCUCGUAUGUUGCAAGAUGUGCGUCAGGACCUCACUGAUGUUGUGCAAGUGUGCGAGGGCAAGAAGAAGCAAACCAACGUCCUGCGAACAUUGAUCAAUGACCUUGUCAAAGGCAUCCUGCCCCGGAGUUGGUGCCGUUACACUGUCCCCAUCUCCAUUACUGUGAUCCAGUGGGUGGCUGACUUCAGUGAACGCAUCAAGCAACUUCAGCAGAUCUCACAGGCAGCUGCCAGUGGAGGUGCCAAAGAGCUGAAGAAUAUCCACGUGAACCUGGGCAGUCUGUUUGUUCCGGAAGCCUACAUCACAGCCACCCGUCAAUAUGUGGCACAGGCCAACAGCUGGUCCCUAGAAGAGCUGGGUCUUGAGGUCAACGUCACCUCUGCACAGGGGGCAGCGCUGGAUGCCUGCAGCUUUGGCAUUAAGGGUCUGAAGUUGCAGGGAGCCACGUGUACCAACAACAAGCUCUCCCUGUCCACUUCCAUCUCCACUGAGCUGCCACUCACACAUCUGCGCUGGGUGAAGCAGAGCAGCGCAGAAAGGAGGAAUAUGGUGACCCUACCAGUGUAUCUAAACUUCACUCGCACGGAUCUGAUCUUCACGGUGGACUUUGACAUCGCUACCAAGGAAGACCCUCACAAUUUCUAUGAACGUGGCGUGGCCAUCCUCUGCACAGAGUAGAUGAUUGCUAAGCAUUUGUUAAACAUUAAUCAUUACUAAUGGUCACCUAUCAGUGUGAUUUGUCCUAGCUUGGAAGAUAACCCAGUACUUUUGAAAGUGUAAUCAUACAUUAUAAAUGUAACUUUUUUCCAAUAGGGAGAUUAAAAAGUUAAGUUGUUGGAUGGAUUGUGCACUGUGAGGUUUAAGAUCUGAUCAGACUUUUAAAAGAAUGAAAUUGUAUGUGUUUUAAGAUGGAACAUUGAAUGUUGAAUAAAGUUUUGCAUGUUACAGUUUCA